UGCAUCGGCUCAGCUCGUAGCUGAUAUCCUCACCGGGCAGCUGAAGCAAGAGGACCAGUGGUUGGCGAAAGAACUCGAUCCGCUCCGAUUCACCGGCAAAGACGCCAGCACCCUCGAGCGCACCGCCCUCGGCACGUACAACGACAUCUACAACAAGAACGCCUCCAUCUCGCACUAG